CUACAGCCACAAAUGUUCGCAAUUGAUUGUCACAAAACUGCGUUUCGUACUAGGUACGGGAGUUUCGGGUACAUGCCCUUCGGACUGACCGACGCCCCAAUGACUUUUCAAAUUACCAUGAACCAGAUCUUCAGUUCGCUUGUAGAAAAGUCUGUUCAGGUUUACCUAGAUGACAUCCUGAUUUACAACGAGACUCAGGACCUCGAAGCAUUUUUAACGCUGCUACAGGAGCAUCAGCUUCUCAUAAAGGGAACCUGCCAAACCAUGACAUCGUCGAAGCAGAAGCCAGCUGGACAGUUGCAGCCGAUUCCGCCGCUUGAGCGUGCAUGGCAGCAAGUAACGAUAGACUUCAUUAUGGGACUGCCUGCCAAGGACGGCUGUAAUGACGCGAUAUUUGUCGCCGUCGAUAAGCUGAAAAAGAUGGCUCACUUCGCCGCCUGUAAGAAAUGCAUCUCAACCGAAGAAUCAGCCCGCCUUUUUAUCACGACCAUCGUUUGCCUCCACAGAAUCCCAUUCGCCAUCAUUUCGGAUCAUGACACAAGAUUUACCAGCAACUUCUGGCGCAACCUCUGGGAACAGUUUGGCUCGCGCUUGCAAUUCUCCUCUGCCUACCACCCCGAGACUGACGUGCAGAUUGAAUAGGUUAAUCGGAUGAUGUAGCAGCUGAU